UCAGUUCUAGUCUCAUCAAUAAGAGCAAUCAAUUCAUUUACUAUAUCAAAUUUCAUCCAUGUACGGAUAUGUAAAUAAUCGGCAAAGGUUUUCCAGAAAUUCAAAACAAAUGUUAGUUUUCUUACGGUUAAUUAAAUAUUGAUAUUUUUAAUAACACGAGUCAAGAAUUUUCGAAAGAAAAAAAGAAUCGGAAAUGACCCCAUCACCUAGCCGAACUCCUAGAUCCAGAGGAUCAUCCUCUAGUAUAGAUUUGGUUCUUCCAAAUUUGCCAAGUAAAUGCACAUGGCAUCUCGGGACAAAGGAGCAGUCAGUGCAUCAUCAUGUGAAAAAAUCUCCAAAACCCAAAAUUAUGGAUACAGUCUUGGAUGCAAUUGGAAACACUCCAUUGAUACGAUUAAAUAACAUUCCUGAAGAAUUUGGGUUAAAAUGUGAAAUGUUGGUUAAAUGCGAGUAUUUCAAUGCUGGAGGUAGUGUGAAAGAUCGAAUUGCACUCCGCAUGAUCGAAGAAGCGGAAAGGGAAGGCAAAAUUAAACCUGGUUAUACUAUAAUUGAACCUACUUCUGGAAACACUGGUAUUGGUUUAGCCUUAGCAGCUGCAGUGAAAGGUUAUAAAUGUGUGAUAGUAAUGCCAGAGAAGAUGAGUAACGAGAAAGUAAAUACUUUGAAAGCCCUUGGUGCUGAAAUCAUAAGAACACCUACUACUGCCCGUUAUGAUGCACCAGAGUCUCAUAUUAGUGUAGCACAGAAAGUGAAUAUGCAGAUACCUAACAGUAUUAUUCUUGAUCAGUAUCGUAAUCCUGGAAAUCCUCUUGCACAUUAUGAUUCAACAGCUGAAGAACUUCUGGAACAAUGUGAUAACAAGAUUGAUAUGGUUGUAAUGGGUGGUGGUACUGGAGGAACAAUUACUGGAAUUGGAAGAAAGCUAAAAGAAAAAAUACCAAAUGUCAAGGUUAUUGGGGUAGAUCCAAUUGGCUCAAUAUUGGCAGAACCUGAAAGUUUGAAUGUAACUGAUAAAGUUUCUUAUGAAGUAGAAGGUAUUGGAUAUGAUUUUAUUCCAACAGUCCUGGACAGAAGUUUGGUUGAUAGAUGGUAUAAAGUUGAUGACAAAGAUUCUUUCAAUAUGUCUAGGAUGUUGAUAAAGAAAGAAGGCAUUUUAUGUGGUGGAAGUAGUGGGAGUGCACUCACCGCAGCAAUAAAAGCUGCUAAAGACUUAAAAGAAGGCCAAAGAUGUGUAGUUAUUCUUCCUGAUGGAGUUCGUAAUUAUAUGACAAAAUUUCUCACAGAUAAUUGGAUGACUGAGAAAGAUUUCAGUGACAUUGAUUCUGAAAUGGUUGCUAAGCACUGGUGGUGGAAUUUGAAAGUAAAUUCAUUAAAUCUUGCUGCUCCUAUAACUAUCUUGCCUCAUAUGUCCUGCCAGGAUGCCAUAGAUAUCAUGCACAAGGAAGCUUUUGAUCAACUUCCUGUAGUGGAUGAUACAGGCGAAAUUCUUGGUGUCAUUACCCUUGGAAAUUUAAUGGCUAAAAUAAUGGCUGGCAAAGUAGUUUCAACCGCUGUUGUUUCUGAAGUAUUAUACACAACUUUUCAUAAAAUAACUCUGGAUACAACUCUAGGCCGAUUAUCAACUAUUUUGGAUACUGGCCACUUUGCAUUAGUUGUUCAUAAUCAGAGACAGUUUACAGAUAAAGAAAGUAUGGAGACAAAACAAAUUGUGAUUGGUGUGGUGACUCGAAUAGAUCUCAUUAAUUUCAUAACGAAUGAAGAUGAACAUCGGUCAUCAUCGCCUUCUGCAACAAAUGGGAAGAAUGCAGAAAUGUCAUCCUAAGUCUGCUUUGAUUGUGCUGAAAAGUUUAACAAUUUUCCUGUAAACUUUUUUGUUUUCACUAAAAAUUAUAAUCUUUUUUAGAAUUGCUCAUUGAAAUCCAUUGGUAAAAUUCUAAUAAAUGUGUGAUGUAUAUAUUCCAAGUUGCAAUAAGUGUACAGUCUGUUGAAUGUAAAUGUUAAGCCAGUUUGUGAAAAAGAAUGAAAUUUGAAAAGUUGUGUAUAUUGUAUAGUGUUCAUCUGUAGUUAACUUGGUGUAUAUUAUGUUGCUAGCACCAUGCAUUAUGUGACUGUGAUUAUUUAUUCCUUAAUCUGAUGGUAAAGAAUUUCUGAGGACAUUUGUAUUAUAUUUUGGUAGAUAUUUUUUCAGCAUAUCAUUUUUUGCAUUUAUUCUAAGCUGAUAUUUUAAAGUUUAAACUCAAGUUUUUUUUAGAGGUUUAGAUGCUUCAUUGCUGAUUUUAAUACACAUUAAAAUUUAUUAAAUUCUGGACUAGAUUUUAAUAUUCAAUGCAUAGAUUCAAUUAUUAAUUAUAAAUAAUGAGGUCAUUUAUUAUAAUUGUAUUUCAUAUAAAUUUUAAGUAUUAGUUCCACAUUUAAGAGUUUAUUAAAGAGUUAAGAGUUAUUUAUUUAAAGUGUAAGUUGAAUGUAUUGAAUUUCACUGCUUUUUUUCUUCAAAUAUUUCAAGGUAUUUUUUUUAUUGCCAAUUUCUUAUUUGUGUUUUAUAAGUAAUUAAUCAUGUUAUUUUCUGCUAUUUUAAUGCACAGAUCAUUUGAUUAAAAAAAUUACUAUCAGUUUGAUGUUGGCUAAGAAUUUUAUAGAUUUUUUAUAUGUUUAUAAUUGAUUUCAAUUAAAUUGAGUGAAUUGGAAUUAUUGUAAUCUUUACUGAAUUUAAGAUGUUAAAUUUUAAAAAGUAUCAAAUCUAUUUUAUUUAGUGAGUAUAUUUGUGUAAUUCAUUAAAUAAUUAGAGUAGGUAUUUAAAGUUAUGAGGCUAAGUUCAAAAAGCUUUUUUGUUUCAUAUAUUCGAGAAUUAUUUAAAAGUAAUAAUAUAUUCUGUGAUAUAUUAAAAUUUAACAUUGUUUAAAACUUCAUAUGCUUCUGAUACUAUAUAUGUUUCUUGAUAAUAUUGUUAUAAAUCUUUGCCUUAAAAAUGUGAACCUUCUAUGAAAUUUUAAAAAUUUCCCUUAUUAAGUUGACUCUGCUAUAUAAUAUGUUAAAAUAUUUAUCUCCUAGAUAUAUUAAGUACUCUUAAGCAUUUCCUAUAAGUUGGUUUUUAUAAAAUUAUUUAUAUUGUCAUUGCCUGUGAUACAACAGAAAAAAAAAUCUUAUAUCUCAUAUUACAAUGCCUGCAAGUAGUAUAGUUAUUAAAUGUUUAAAAGAUAAAAUAGAUGAAUUUAAUGAAACAACUUUUGUGUUAAUACUGAAGUAUUGUUAAUCUACGGAAUUUCCGUAUUUGAUUAUUUAACAAAUUUACUUUUCCUCUGCUAUAUAUUUAUCUCUUUACAAUUUUUCUUAAUUUCAAUAAACCGAAAUUAUUUAACUUUAUUAAAUAUGUUUUUUUCAUUCCCCUUUUAAGUAUAUGAAAUGUAAUAACUUGAAUUAAUUUAUAUGAACACAUAUUUCAAAAUCUUAACAAUGAAAUGCAAUAAUCUUUUUCGAAUUCUUAUAGUAUAGGAACAUUCCUU